CGAUGCCCAUUUUAGCAACGAGCAAUAACUAAUUUCGGAGAAUAUAGCGAUAUUGUCCUCGCCCUCUCUCUCUCUCUUCUCCGUCACGCUCUCUCUACUUCUCAUUUUUAGAUCAAUCCAUUUGCCCUCCAAUUCGUGCUCGGUUACCGAUUAUAUAGCUGUUUGAAGAGUGUGUGUGUUUUAUUCAUUUAACAUUUUCCUGUUUUCACCGUUUUUUAUUUCUGAGUCUGUUGUCACUGUUGGGGAAAGAUGGUACUGAGACGCCUCAUCAAUCAGGUCAGAGGACAUGAGUCACAGUUGAGGCAGCUGGGAAGUUUGGCUGCUCGACCGUAUCAAGCUUCUCCUUAUGCUAAGGGAGGAGUGCACAGCCUUUCGAGGCAAAUGGGAACAAGUACCUUAGGAAAGCCAAGUCUCUUUGGUAGUCUAGCUCGUAGAUUGCGUGAUACAGAGGGAUCAAGUGAUGCUGCAUAUCUUAAAGAGCUCGCUCGUCGAAAUGAUUCAGAAGAAGUCAUAAGGCUGUUUGAGAACACACCAUCAUUACAUUCUAAUCCAUCUGCUCUUGCUGAAUAUGUCAAAGCGCUUGUUAGGCUUGAUAGACUUGAUGAAAGUGAGUUGUUUAGGACAUUGCGCAGAGGAGCUGCUAACACAUUGGCAGAUGAAGAAACCAGUGGCACUCUUUCAGCUUUCAGAAAUGUAGGGAAAUCUACAAAAGAUGGGAUUCUUGGUACUUCAAGUGCUCCAAUACAUAUGGUGACUGCUGAAGGAGGGCAGUUCAAAGAGCAGAUAUGGCGUACUAUCCGUGCUUUAGGUUUGGCCUUCCUCCUUAUGUCAGGACUUGGUGCGCUCAUCGAGGAUAGAGGAAUUGGUAAAGCAGGACUUGGUUUACAUGAAGAGGUGCAACCCAUUAUGGAAUCAAAUACAAAGUUUAGUGACGUGAAGGGAGUUGAUGAGGCAAAAUCUGAGCUGGAAGAAAUUGUUCAUUACCUCCGUGAUCCCAAGCGUUUCACGAGACUUGGCGGCAAGCUUCCAAAAGGUGUUCUGUUAGUUGGCCCUCCUGGCACUGGGAAAACUAUGUUGGCAAGAGCCAUAGCCGGUGAAGCUGGAGUUCCAUUCUUUUCUAGCAGUGGCAGUGAAUUUGAGGAAAUGUUUGUUGGUGUUGGAGCACGUAGAGUGAGGGACCUGUUUGCUGCUGCAAAAAAGAGGUCGCCAUGCAUUAUUUUCAUAGAUGAGAUAGAUGCCAUAGGGGGGAAGCGUAAUGCGAAGGAUCAGCAGUACAUGAAGAUGACGUUAAACCAGUUGCUGGUUGAGCUGGACGGCUUCAAGCAGAACGAAGGGAUUAUUGUGAUAGGUGCAACCAAUUUCCCAGAGUCCUUGGAUAAGGCACUGGUGAGACCAGGAAGAUUUGAUCGCAAUAUUGUUGUGCCAAAUCCUGAUAUUGAAGGGCGGAGGCAGAUCUUGGAGUCACACAUGUCAAAGGUUCUCAAGGGAGAGGAUGUCGAUCUAGAGAUCAUCGCGAGAGGUACCCCAGGUUUUUCUGGUGCGGAGCUUGCGAACUUGGUGAAUGUCGCUGCCAUUAAGGCUGCUAUGGAUGGCGCCAAAGCAGUGAGUAUGGCUGAUCUUGAGCAUGCCAAGGAUAAAAUCCUGAUGGGAAGCGAGCGCAAAUCUGCAGUUAUAUCUGAUGAAUCACGCAGGAUGACAGCCUACCACGAGGGCGGUCACGCCCUUGUAGCUAUGUUCACCGAUGGGGCGUUACCAGUGCACAAAGCUACUAUUGUUCCACGGGGAAAUGCUCUUGGGAUGGUCUCUCAACUACCGGAUAAAGACGAGACCAGCGUAUCAAGAAAGCAGAUGCUUGCCCGUCUUGACGUCAGCAUGGGCGGUAGAGUUGCUGAGGAGCUGAUUUUCGGGGAAAGUGAAGUGACCUCGGGUGCAUCAAGCGAUCUGGAAGGUGCAACCAGAAUUGCAAGAGCAAUGGUGACCCGUUACGGCAUGAGCAAACAGGUGGGCUUUGUCUCCCACGACUACAACGACAACGGCAGGAGUAUGAGUACCGAGACCCGACUCCUCAUCGAGCAGGAAGUGAAAGACUUGCUCGAAAAUGCUUACAACAAUGCCAAGACCAUCCUCACGACACACAGCAAGGAACUCCACGCACUUGCCAAUGAAUUGCUCGAUAAGGAGACACUCUCAGGUGCUCAGAUUAAAGCGCUACUCGAGAACGUUAAAGCUCAAAAUACGCAGCAGCAGAAGCAGCAGCAGAUUGUCACGAGUACGAGUAGUCCCCCGCCAAAGCCCUCUCCACCGUUACUUCCCAAUCCAGCCGCCGCAGCAGCUGUUGCUGCAACUGCCGCAGCCCAAGCAAAAGGUCCCGCCCCGGUGGCACCUUAAUUGGGCCUUUUUGCUCGACCUAAGGACGUUGGU